AUGUACAGAACGUACACCGUGGUAUCAAUAGAACAAAAAUUUCCACACGACUUCAUUUGGGUCAUUGGUACUUCAGCAUAUCAAAUUGAGGGUGGUUGGAAUGCAUCUGGUAAAAGAGAAUCCAUAUGGGAUCAUCUAACGCAAACUCACCCGGAAAAAAUUGUUGGUCGGACAAAUGAAGGAACUUUUGUCUAUUUUCAGUGGCGUCGCGAUGUACAAAUGCUGCGUGACUUAAACGUUAAUAUGCACCGAUUUUCGAUAGCGUGGACCCGCAUCAUGCCUGGGGGUUAUAUGAAUGAUGUGAAUAGUGAAGGCAUACGCUACUAUAAUGACCUAAUUAACGAGCUUCUGCACUAUAAUAUCACACCAAUGGUCACAACCUAUCACUGGGAUCUACCACAACGUUUACAAGAAUUAGGUGGUUGGACCAACCCCGAAAUUAUAUCUGUAUAUAACGAUUAUUCGCGUUUAUUGUUCGAGAAUUUAGGAGAUCAUGUUAACGUCUGGACAACAUUUAAUGAACCUAUCCAUAUAUGUGAAUUGGGUUAUGGUGAGGAUUAUUUGGCACCCUCGUAUAAUUAUCCUGGAAUUCCGAACUAUCUCUGUGCACACAAUUUGCUAAAGGCACAUGCCAAAGUGGUGCAUAUGUACCGUGACAACUAUCAGGAACUACAGGUAAUCGUUAUUACUAUGCAUACAAGUACAUUGUGGAUGGAACCGAAAACCGAUUCGGUGAUUGAUCGCGAAGCAUCCGAGCGUGCAUUGUAGUUCUAUUUGGGCUGGUUUGCACAUUCGAUAUAUUCGAAAUUUGGCAUAGAAGAACAAGGUUUCACUCGUUCACGUUUGCCAGAAUUCAUAGAGGAAGAAGUAAGUAUACGCGGAACUGCGGAUUUCCUUGGUCUCAAUACGUACACAACUAGCCAAUUACAGCUCGCACGGACGAAUGGACAGACAUACAGUCACAUAGUUUUAACAUAUUAUGAAAUGAUAGCCGUUUUGGAUGCCAUUGAAGAUGGUGCAAAUGUACAGGGAUACACUUAUUGGAGCUUGAUGGACAGCUUUGAGUGGAAAAUUGGUAAUACAGGAAAAAUCGGUCUCUACCACGUUGACUUCAAUCAUCCGAACCGUACACGUACGCCGAAGAUCGCAGCCAAAGUAUAUGCGCAAAUUUGCAAGACUAACACGAUCGAUUGGAGUUAUCGGCCAACAUUGGAUGAAUCCCAAAUUAAUGCGAUGGCACAGCUACCCGAAGUUGAGGGCGUUAGCGAUGCUGCAUCGAGUGCGAGUACUACAUACAACACAUUAAUCGGUCGAAGUUGGCAUAGCAUAACGUUACUCUUCUCAAUUGUAAAUUACUUAUUACGAAUAUAAGUUUUCGUCCUCGUAGUCAAUGUUGUCUUAAGGUGUGUUUUGUAAAUACGGAUGUAUAUAGUAUUUAAUUAUCACGUAAGUUUAUGACCAAAGUAUUAUGUUAUUUAUUUAAUAUUUUAUACUAUUAAAGAAUAUUUCUGGUUUUUAAAUUAAA